AUGACACGCAGUAUAUCAGCGAUACAGUUUACCAACAGCAAGAUCUGGAUGAAUGGUCCUUCCUGGAUAACCAAACCAUUAAAUUGGCCAACAUGGCAUACUAACGAUGCGACAGUGAUGACAAAGGUAUCGAGUGAUUCAUUAGAGUAUGAACAAGGGAGACAAUUGCCACAAUAUUCACCAGAAUCGAGUACAGAGUUACGUAACGUUAUUGACGUAACUAAAUUCAGCAAGUACACGAAGCUUCAACGAGUGACAGCGUAUGUAUUACGGUUCAUAAAUAAAUGCAGAGAGAAAACCUACCCACAUCAUGAUCAACUGACAACUAGUGAACUACAGAAAGCAGAGAAAGUCUUACUACACAGCUGCCAACAUAAUACUUACCAGGAAGAGAUUACAAACCUGAGAACAGUUCGUUCGAGACCCAAUCAGACCCGACUCCCGGUUGUGAAACAGUUACGACUCUUUCUUGAUGAAGAUGGUUUCCUUCGAUGUGGAGGGAGAAUACACAAUGCAGAUCUUGAUGAAGAGACUAAAUUCCCAUAUCUAAUACCGGCCAAAGAUCCACUUACCCGACUCGUUGUUGCCGACGCUCACGAGAGACUUCAUUACGCAGGACAGAACUCAGUUAUUACUUACCUUCGCCAGAAGUAUUCGAUACGUUCCACACGUCAGAGUGUUCGUACAGUACUUCGUAGAUGUCAUGUUUGCCGUAGAACAGAAGGGAAGGCAUACUCAGCCCCAGACCCACCUCCAUUACCGCAAUACAGAGUAGAAGACGUACCACCAUUCACUGUAAAUGGUGUAGAUUUCUCCGGAGCUGUCUACGUUCGAGAUAGUUCCAACAACGAGUCCAAAGCAUACAUCUGCCUCUUCACGUGUGCGUCCACCAGAGCCGUGCACUUGGAACUUGUACCCAACCUUUCCAAAGAGGCCUUCCUGCAAGCGUUCAGACGACUCACCAGUCGUAGAUCCAUUCCCACACUGAUGAUUUCAGACAACGCCUCCACAUAUGUUGCAGCCUCCAACCAUAUGCAACGCCUGUUCGAAUCCCAGACAGUACAAGACGCUCUUAGCAUGAAAGGUACCCAGUGA